AUGAAUGUCAUCAAGCUUGUGAGGAAAUAUCCUCAAUUCCAGCAAGACGAGAUCUUUGGUCUACAGGAUGCUUUUCGAAAGCUCGAUGUGGACGACAAGGGAUAUAUCGAUGAGGCCACAGCGAUUAAAGCCACGCAGGCUAGCGAGAGACAACCUUACGAUGUGGUCAGACAAGCCCUGAAGGAAGUCGAGCUUGACUCGUCGAGGCGCGUAGAGUUAGACGACUACGUUGGACUGGUGUCAAAACUUCGCGAUUCCUCCCCAGCCCAACAGCGCAUGCAUACUGGCCCAACCACCCCGAGCCGUAGUGGUGUUGUAACCCAGCAAACAGGAGGGGGACAUAAAUCCAAGGGCAGUGUCAGUGGUCGUAUUCAGGUCCAAGGAUCUUCUGCAAAUGUCACGCACACGAUCAAUGAGGAUGAGCGAACCGAAUUUACACGCCAUAUUAAUGCGGUCUUAGCAGGCGACCCAGAUAUUGGUUCGCGACUUCCAUUUCCGACGGACACUUUUGAGAUGUUUGAUGAAUGUAAAGAUGGGCUUGUUUUGGCCAAAUUGAUCAACGAUAGUGUCCCCGACACCAUUGACGAGCGUGUACUCAACAGAGCAGGAAAGAAGAUCAAGACGCUCAAUGCCUUCCAUAUGACAGAGAACAACAACAUCGUCAUCGAAUCCGCAAAAGGUAUCGGAUGCUCAGUUGUGAAUAUUGGAAGUGGAGACAUAAUCGAAGUUCGAGAGCAUCUGAUAUUGGGACUAAUCUGGCAGGUGAUCCGCAGGGGCCUUCUUGGGAAAAUCGAUAUCAAGCUGCACCCUGAGUUGUACAGGCUCCUGGAAGAGGAUGAGACACUUGAACAAUUCCUCAGGCUCCCUCCAGAGCAGAUUCUACUCAGAUGGGUCAACUACCACCUCAAGGCCGCGAACUGGCCCCGCCGAGUUUCAAAUUUCUCCACUGACGUAAAGGAUGCGGAGAACUACACCGUCUUGCUCGCCCAGAUUGCACCAGAUCACUGCACUCGCGGUCCUCUUCAGACCCGAGAUCUUCAUCAGAGAGCUGAACAGGUGUUGCAGAAUGCCGACCUGCUCGACUGUAGGAAGUUCCUGACCCCAUCGUCUCUUGUUGCAGGAAAUCCAAAGCUCAACCUUGCCUUUGUUGCGAACCUGUUCAAUACACACCCAGCUCUAGAUCCAAUCACGGAGGAAGAGAAGCUCCAGGUGGACGAUUUCGAUGCGGAAGGCGAGCGCGAGGCAAGAGUAUUUACUCUUUGGUUGAACAGCCUGGAUGUGCAACCCACUGUCAAUUCGUUUUAUGACGAUCUACGAGACGGUACGAUUCUUUUGCAGGCUUACGACAAAGUCAUUAAAGGAUCUGUGAACUGGCGACAUGUGAACAAACUCCCAACGAACGGCAAUGAAAUAUCGAGGUUCAAGGCCGUGGAGAACACGAAUUAUGCCAUCGAGCUCGGGAAACAAAACCGGUUCUCGCUUGUUGGAGUUCAGGGCGCUGAUAUUACUGAUGGACAGCGGACGUUGACCUUGGGCUUAGUUUGGCAGCUUAUGCGCAAAGAUAUCUCAGAAACUCUAUCCGCUUUGGCCCAAAGGCUGGGAAAGCGCGAGAUAAGCGACGCGGAGAUGGUGAAAUGGGCCAACGACAUGGCUCGUAAGGGAGGCAAGAGUUCUUCCAUUCGUUCAUUUAAGGACUCAUCUAUCGGUACUGGUGUUUACCUUCUCGACGUUCUUAGUGGUAUGAAGAGCAGCUAUGUGGACUACGAUCUCGUUACCCCGGGAAGAACAGACGACGACGCGUAUAUGAAUGCCAAGCUUAGUAUAAGUAUUGCGAGGAAAAUGGGUGCUACGAUUUGGCUAGUUCCGGAAGAUAUUUGCCAAGUCAGAAGCCGUUUAGUAACAACUUUUAUUGGUUCAUUGAUGGCAACACAUGAGAAGAUGCAAUAA